AUGAAUGGUGAUCCGCUUCUAAUUCAACCUGAGAGAGCCCUUGGUUUUAUUGCCCUGGGAUCAGCUGGGGCAAUUUUCCAAGACAGCAAUGGACAAGUCAUCAAAACAACUCUCAAGCACGAUGUCAAAGGAUGCAGCAAGCAGUCUAUCUCGGAAUUAUGCAUCGACCGCGAGAAAUCAAUUUAUAAAGCAUUACCGAAGCAUCCUCGCAUUCUUGACUGUCUCGAAACCAAAGAAAAGAGCCUCCAUUUUCCAUUUUGUCGACUCGGAAAUCUCCGUGAUUAUCUCCAGCACAAUGGAAUAGACAACAAUAUCCGGGACCAGUGGGUCAGAAAUGCUAUCGAUUCUAUCGCCGUGAUACAUGCCUAUGGUGUGAUCCAUGCCGACAUUAGCCCACGUAACUUUCUUGUGGCCGAUGACCUAUCGAUCAAGCUUUGCGACUUCGCCGGAUCCGCCAUUGGCGACUUGCAGCCCUUAGUUGAGGAAGAAGAUCGGUACCGAAUUUCGCCGCUGUCGCCACGGAAUUUCAAGACUUAUUUGUUUGCUCUAGGCUGCUUGAUCUAUGAAAUUUCCACUGGAAUUCGCCCAUAUCACGAGAUCGAUACUGAAGAAAUCGAAAAGCUUUAUAAGGCACAUAUAUUUCCGAAACUUGACGGUCUUAAAUACCAGAAUAUCAUCUACAAAUGUUGGACAUCCCAAUACGAAGGCGUGGACGAACUCCAGGGUGACUACAGUCAUUGCACUUAUCAGGCAAAUGAUGGAGGAAAUCUUGCAGCACUAUGGAAGUACAUAAGGUCAAGUCUGUUUGAAAAUCAACACAUUACAAUGCUGCUAGGUACUAUUGGUGUUAGUUUUGCUUGGAUAUGGAUCAAUCGGAAGCGAAACUAGCAAGGAAUUUUCUAUGCAUUUCAUACAUGCAAAUUCGCGCCAGCCGCCCUAUAACACCUACAUCUUGAUGAUAAGCUUGUGAUAUCGUUGUACAGCAGGUCUGAUGUGCUUUGGGAAUUUCCAGAAUUUGAGGCUGCUUUCUACCACACCAAUUGGUCUCGUGGCCACUUUUCUUCAGAAGCUGGAAUGCUUUGAAGGGAUUCUGUUCUUGACGACAAAUCAGCCUGAUGGUCUGGAUGCGGCCAUCCUGAACCAAGUCCAUCUAUCGCUAAUAUAUAGUGACCUCAACCAUGAUGCAAGAAAAGAGAUCUUUCAACAGUUCCUACAGAAAGACAUUAGCAUAAAAGUCAAUGUUAAUGAUCAGCAACUGACUGCUCUGGCACAAGUAAUUCUCAAUGGAUAGCAGAUCAAAAAUAUCAUGUCUAUCACUUGCACAAUAGCAGCAAAAGAUGGUGAACUGAGAUUUGACCAUGUCCAAUCAGCAUUGGCCAUGAAUGGAUGUUGUGUGCUGGACCUAGGACUGGCUUAUAAGUGGAAUAAAUUGUAUGAGUGAGCUGUUAAUGCCUUCUCCUCAGGUAAAUAUGCUUGGAUGCGCCGGAGUGGUGUUUGGGGAGAAUUCUGCUAAAUAGCAGGCAAUUACUGCUGGGAGCUUUCCUCUAUUCAAAUUUUGAGAUAAGAAAUUCAACUGGGGGCUAA